AUGCCACACACUGUCUCCCCCUCUGAGACACCCGCCAUGCCGACCAUUGUCGCAAAGGGCCCUUCCGGCGUGCCCCCCACCUCCGAAGAGAUUUCCUCCCUCCUCGACACUAUCUUCACAUCCGACACCUCCCAGAAGUCUCUUGAUGGCGCAUAUGCCUUGGCCAACUUGCUCAUCCAGGGCGCCGGCUGUGCAGGCCUGCUGAACUACAAUGUUCUCGCUAAUGUCCGCAAGGCUGCCUCUGAUAAGAAGAAUGGCGCUAAGCGCGAGAGUGCUAUGCUCAUUAUUGGUGCUUUGUUCGAGCGCUUCCCCCGAGAGUUCCCUCUCAGCGAAGCUGUUUUCCUCUUGCACGAUGGAGGCAUCUUUGACAUUGCCCUGGACGCCCUGGCGGAUAAGGGUGCCGUCGUGCGUGAUGCUGCCCAGUACGCCAUUGACGCGCUCUUUGGUUGUCUCAGCCCUGAGGCCAUGGUCAACGGUCUGAUCCCCACUCUCGAGCGCUACCUGGCCAAGGGCUCUGGCAAGUGGCAGGGCUUUGUCGGCGCCUACUCGCUUAUCGAAAAGAUGGCGGUCAAGGCGCAGUUGGGCAAGGGUUCCAAGGACGAGGAGCGCCAGAAGGACUUGCUGCGCGAUGCGAUGGGCAAGACCCUGAAGGAGCUCAUCCCCAUCGUCGAGUCCGGCAUGCACGACCUGAAGAGCGAAGUGAGCAAGCAGUCUUGCAAGACUAUGACUGCCCUCACCACUCUCCUGUCCAACGACGAUGUUGCUCCCCGCAUUCCUCUUCUGAUCAAGGCUAUGGAAAACCCCUCUGCUCAGACUCUCCAGAAGGCGAUCCACGCCUUGUCUCAGACCACCUUUGUCGCCAUCGUCACAUCCCCCGUGUUGGCCAUGCUUACUCCUCUCCUUGCUCGAUCCCUUAAUACCAAGGCUACUCCCCAAGAAACUCUUCGUCAGACUGUGGUUGUUGUGGAGAACUUGACCAAGCUAGUCCACGAUCCCGCCGAGGCUCGUACUUUCCUCCCCAACCUCCAGCCUGGUGUGAAGUCGGUCAAGGAAACUGCCUCCCUGCCUGAGGUUCGCGAGCUCGCCACACGUGCUCUUGAUGUUAUCGAGACUGCCAUGAAAGACGAUCAUCUUGCCUCUGGUUCCAUCUCUAAGAUCACUCCCGAGGAUGUCCUGGUCGUGCUGAAUGCAAAGAUUCAGGAACACGGCGGUCUGGGUGGCUUUGGCGACUCUAAGCUGCAGGAUCUGGCCACAAAGUUCAUUUCCAGUAUGGUCCGUGAGGAUAUUAACUGCCGCAUGCACGACCGUAUUCCCGACCGCAUUGAUCCCUAUCUGCGCGGUCUGCUUGCGGAUGGCAACACAGAGGCCGUUGCCACUGCUGUCAAGGCCCACUACAUUGCAGAGGAUGAGAUCAAGUUUGGCAAGCCCAUUCCUGAGGACCCGAAUGAUGUUGAGAUUGUCAACGCCGACUUCUCUCUUGCUUAUGGAGGUAUGCUUCUCCUCUCCCACACCAACCUGCGUCUCCUCAAGGGCCACCGAUAUGGUCUCUGUGGUCGCAACGGUGCCGGCAAGUCUACCCUGAUGCGCAGUAUUGCCAACGAGAAGCUGGAAGGCUUCCCACCCCAGGAUGUGGUGCGCACUUGCUUCGUGGAGCACAACCAGGGCGAAGACGCCAAUCUGACUAUCUUCGAGUAUGUUGCCAAGGACCCCAAGAUUGCUUCUCAGGGUUCCGAGCACAUUUCCGAGGUUCUUCUCGAGUUCGGCUUCACCGAUGGCCCCGAGGGCCGCCAGUCCCAGCCCGUGGGCUCGCUCUCCGGUGGUUGGAAGAUGAAGCUGGCUUUGGCCCGUGCUAUGCUCCAGAAGGCGGAUGUGCUUCUGCUGGACGAACCUACUAAUCACUUGGAUGUGGCAAACGUCAAGUGGCUGCAGGAGUACCUCAAGUCGCACACUGAGAUUACCAGUCUGAUCGUCAGUCACGACUCCGGUUUCCUCGAUGAAGUCUGCACAGAUAUCUACCACUACGAAAGCAAGAAGCUUGUCUGCUACAAGGUUCAAGUUCCCUCCCCCGGAAUCUUGUCUGGUAUCAAGUCUAUGACUCGUGCCAUUAUGCGCAUGAGCAAUGUCUCAUACACCUACCCGGGCGCCCCUCGCCCCUCGCUGCACGAUGCCUCGCUGUCGCUUACGCUCUCCUCCCGUGUCGCUAUCAUUGGCGGAAACGGUGCCGGCAAGUCUACCUUCAUCAAGAUUCUCACUGGUGAGACCAUUCCUCAGACUGGAAAGGUGGAGAAGCACCCCAACUUGCGUAUCGGUUACAUCAAGCAACACGCUCUCGAGCACGUGGAGAUGCACUUGGAGAAGACUCCCAGCCAGUACCUCCAGUGGCGUUACGCCAACGGCGACGAUCGUGAAGUGUUCCUGAAGCAGACCCGUAUUCUGACCGAUGAGGACAAGGCGCAGCUAGAGAAGCCAGUUGACCUGGGUGACGGCCGCGGUGCUCGUCGCAUCGAGGCCUUGAUUGGUCGUCAGAAGUGGAAGAAGUCCUUCCAGUAUGAGGUCAAGUGGGUUGGCCUUCUCCCCAAGUACAACACCAUGAUCUCGCGUGAGACUCUGCUUGAGCUUGGCUUCUUCAAGCUGAUUCAGGAGUUCGACGAUCACGAGGCUUCCCGUGAAGGUCUGGGCUUCCGUGUUCUUGACCCUAAGACCAUCACCAAGCACUUCGAGGAUAUUGGUAUGGACCCCGAGAUCGCCAACCACAACGAGAUCUCCGGUCUCUCCGGUGGCCAGAAGGUCAAGGUCGUGCUGGCUGGUGCCAUGUGGAACAACCCUCAUCUGCUGGUCCUGGACGAGCCGACUAACUUCUUGGAUCGUGACUCCCUUGGUGGUCUGGCUGUUGCCAUCCGUGACUUCAAGGGUGGUGUUGUUAUGAUUUCUCACAACGAGGAGUUCGUGGGCGCUCUCUGCCCUGAGCAACUGCACAUUGCCGAUGGCCGUGUUGUCAGCCGCACCAACAACGCUAUCAGCCUCGACCGCUUCGAGGACAGCGCUACCAACUCGCCUUCCGGUCCUGGUACCCCCGCUACUGGCUCAGCCGUUACCAGCGCCGCCCCAUCUGCUGUCAACUCUGGCGAUGAAGGCGACCUCAAGUUCCGCGCUAAGAAGAAGAAGAAGAUGACUCGCGCUCAGCAGAAGGAGCGUGAGAUUCGCCGUCGUCUGCGCUACAUCGAAUGGUUGAAUUCCCCCAAGGGUACCCCCAAGCCUGCCGACUCCGACGAUGAAUAGACGUGCUUCCACGUGCUUCAACAUUAUGAUUCGUAAUCGCUGAGAGAAUGAUUCCGAUCAUAUCCUCGCAUCAUGAGCACCAUGUUAAUGUUUUGGUCUGCAUUGGAUCUGAUAGAAGGUGUUUUGGCGUUCUGU